ACUAAAUGUCUUACGUGAUAAACUUAGCCAAUCAUAGCGAGGCACUUUUAUGGCCCCCCCACCAUAUCAAUGAGCAGCAUUCAAUUAAGAGACUGCUGUUAGCUACGACGUUCUCUUAUUUUAUCUAUCGUAUCUCAAUUUCAAUGACGAAAUGAGGCUCUUGAACACUACUACCUUAGAGUUAGAGUCUUUCUUAGACCGCAGACCGAACUAUGCCAUUCUAUCUCAUACGUGGGGCGAUGAGGAGAUCCUCUUUGAAGAUGUGCAGAACGAUCCAAGCCGUUGGUAUGUAAAAAAGGGCGCGGCGAAGGUACGCGGCAGCUGUUCUCGCGCGUCAAAAGACGGACACCGGUAUAUCUGGAUCGAUACAUGUUGCAUUGACAAAACCAGCAGUGCCGAGCUGUCCGAAUCUAUCAACUCUAUGUUCAAUUGGUACGCUGGCGCAGAUGUCUGUUAUGCAUUUCUCGCAGAUGCGGUCAAAGGACGCGGAAUUUCCAAGUGCAAGUGGUUCGCUCGUGGGUGGACAUUGCAGGAAUUAAUCGCGCCGAAAGACGUUCGAUUCUAUGACGGAGACUGGCAAUAUCUUGGCGAUCGCCUAUCCCUGAUCGAAGAACUGGUAGCGAUCACCCGCAUAGAUCGACCAAUAUUGGCCAGGAAUCCGCCUAAAACGUCCUCGUCGGAGCCUCCAGGUUUACGAACGGGUGUAUCGAUGGUGUUCGACUCAUCUCUUGAGUCUAUGCUCGAGACAUACACGAUCUCUCGGCGUAUGUCGUGGGCAGCUGGGCGUCAGACUCAGCGCGAAGAAGAUAGAGCUUAUUCCUUAAUGGGAUUAUUUGGCGUCAAUAUGCCGCUUCUUUAUGGAGAAGGGCCUAAAGCUUUCAGAAGACUCCAAGAAGAGAUAGUUAAGGAAUCGAAUGACCAAUCGAUCCUCGCCUAUCGCCAACAUCAUCUGACCUCUGACAUCGCCAGACUGUUUUCUAGCGACCCUGACUUAUUCCUUUCUAAUAUUGAACAAGACAGUCACGUUGAAAAGUCUCAGAUUUACUUUUCCGAUGGUGGCUUAAGUGUAGAAUUAACACUCUGCCCCUGUGUGAUCAGAAACUCGCUCGGAAGCAAGCCGUCUAUACUUGGCAUUCUAGAUUGCGUGGUUGACUCCGAUUAUCUCUCUAGGCCUGCGUUCCUACUUCAGCAAGCAUAUCAAGAGGACGAAUCUAGGUACUGGAGAAUGUGGCCAACCGCGCUUUAUCUUCUCGGCCCCGACCAUGGCGGCAGAGCUAUACCAGAGACGCUAACAAAUAUUGGCUUUAAAGACGUCUCCUUCGACAUAAGUAAGGCCCAGACCAAGAGAAUAACGCUCAUCGAAACUAGCCGAGAACAUGACUAUAAGAUGCUGAAUGCUCGGACGUUACCGCUUCGUUUGAACGAAAUCCGGCAACCACUCCAUCGAUAUUUUGUGCGAGACCUUGCUUAUCCGGACCAACUAGGUUCCUUCAUUCUUCCUAGAAGGUCUACAUCGCUCAGCAAUCGACCUGAUCCAGCGUUGGGUGUGAUGUCUUUUCAUGAAAAGGGGGUGAAUCGCUUCAUGUUGGUCUGGGGUUCGGAUAGUGAUGAAGAGACUGGAAUCGAGAAGCCUUGGUGUAAGGUUUGGCCUUUGAAGGACAUACUAGAAUACGACAACGCUGCCGAUCGAGACGAGGUGGAGUUGACGCAUGAGAUUAUUGGUCUAUUUCAACAACACAAAGCCAAGCGCAUACGGCAAUUGUUGGAUUCUAAAGAUUCUAAGCAGGACACUAGCUAUGCAGUUGUGGACUUGGAGCACAAAGUUGAUAUUCAAGCGACCAUAAGUCUUGUCUCGUUUCUUGGACGGCAUAUAUUUGAUUUGCAGGUAACCAUCAGCUAGAAAUACACACUAAUCUCCUAGUUUAGAAAGGGCUCACCAGGGAUGGUGUUAAGGAUUCUAUAUUUACCUAGGGCUUUCGAUUACCAACGGCGAGUACACACCAGAAAGGGGGGGGGGGGGGGGAGG